AUGUGUGGAUCUGUGGGUGGAUCCACGGAUGAGCCGGAGUCGGAGCCGCGGCUCCGCUCUUCCAGCGGCUCUGAUCCAUGCGGAUCUGGAUCAAGCCCCCGGAAGUCACCUGAUCCGUGGGUUCGGAUCCGGAUCAUCCGUGGAUCGAGCCGCAAACAGCCUUACGACGAGUUGUACGUCACCGCGGAUGGGAACUUCAGGCACCACACUCGGAACAAGGCGACGGACCACGAGGACUACAGCCUCUAUGGAGACGCGGGAUUCUUCGCUUCAGAACAGGGGUUGGAGGCGCAUCUGAAGAAAGUGGGCAAGACGGACAAGGAACCGUCGGAUUGUCACACCUUCAAGGCGAGCGGAUACAAGGGUCACUCAGGGCCAGUUACCGGGCUUGUCGCCGUCGUGUGUCGUCACGGCUUGGUAGUGGGCGGGAGCGUCGUCAAUCUGGAAAAGGGCGAAAGGUUCGCGAUGGUGGACUACUCCAUCAUGUCGGCGGGGGGUCAGUUCAAGGACCUGAGGAAGUGGAAGCUGUGGUAUGACGUCGGCUGCCAGUUCAGCAUCAAGCUCGACGCACGCAUCGAAGCCAUGAAGAUGUAUGCAUCCCAGAUAACCCCAAUCAAGUGGCUGUCGGAGCGCAUCAGGCCGACGGUCAUCGAGGUCGCCAUUGGAGACUUCCACAUACGCGCGCACAAGACGGAGUGCCAUGUUUGUUACAACGGAAACCUGCGUGUGGGGGGCGCGCGCAUGGCCGGAGAGAUGUGCGAGCACGUUUGGGCGAGGAUCAACAUUGUUGCGAAUCGUACGAAGGAGAUGGGGCGGGCGAACAGGGCCGACACAACGCAUCGCGCUCUGGAUCACUUGAACAUGGACAAGAUCGUCCGCAUGCCUGAAGCCCUGCGGGGCUAUUACCUCGUCGGGGCAAAGCGGUACGAAGAGGACAGGAAAUACUUGGAGGGUAUGGAGAAGAGUCUAGAAACGUCCCUCCGAGGUCUAGUCGGCACCUGGAGCACCGAACUCCGGACGUGGUACGAGAACAUCGCCGACGUCAACGUGAAGGACAAAAGGAACGUCGCCACAAACCCCUUUGUACUGGACGCCACGUUAGAUGUUGGCUUCGAGGGCAUGACGGCACGUCUACGGGAAGGACAGGACCAGGAGCUGAAGGGCAUUGGGACGACAGAGGCAGGAGGGAUCACCGAGGCGAUCGAUGCGAUGAUCCGCCUCGAGAAUGAGAAGCGAGACCUCCUCGCCGCGCUGCAGGUGUUCGAUCAUCAGAGCCCCACCCAUUGGAAGCAACACAAGCAAGAUUUCGAAAACUUCCUCGUACAGUCUACAGAAGCAUGGGAGAGCUACAACCGUCACAUCACGCCCAUCUUCCAGGUCGUCGCUGAGCAGUUACGCGCUGCGAACGCGAGCCCCGAGAGUCAAUACCCUUGGGCGGACGACCCCUUGGAAGCGGAGCCGGAGAUCGAUCCCAAGAGCGUCGGGAGUCUCACCGUGCAGCGUUGGAUACCAGAGAUCCAGCAAGUGCGCAUUGUCUUCCCAUCAAGCUAUCACUCCAAGAUCAGGUCCGAUCCGGCCAUGGCAGCGGCAGUGGCGGUAGAGAGACGAAUGCGAGAGGGCCAGGCGCGCGAUGCACUGGCUGAGUAUCGAGUGAUUCUCGCCGGAGGGGUGUCCUGGAAACUGAUGAGCUUGCAGAUGAUUGGGCACAAGAACCGUCAGAUGAACACGAACGCAAAGCAAACUACCGAAACCCGUCUAUCUCAAGAGCGCCGGCUGUUCAAUCGCUACCAGCAGCUGCUCGUCAGGCUUGGCAUGAAGAUCGACCAGCAGCAGCAGCGCGACCUCAAGCUCGACGACCGCCUCGUUACGACACUCGGGCAACGACGGGCGGGCGACACGCACAAGGCCGGGGACUGGCUGUGGGGCGACGCGAAGUGGAUCUUCGAUAUGAAGGACAAAGAACAAAGGACCUUCGUGCUGGCUAGUGAGUACCACGUUAUCCUUUUGAGUGGGAUCAUGGAGAGAUGGAAAGAGGAGAUGUUUUUGCGCUCCGAGGAGAUGUUCCGGAUGGUGAUGAUGUUAGAAUACGAGAUUGGCAAGUAUGAACUUAUCUCCGAGCGCGAGAAGGAGGAGGGGAGGAAGGGGGGUGCGGUGUUCUACAACCGGUGCAAAUAUGAUCGCAAGCGCCUGCUAGACCGCACGAAGAAGACGUUUGAAGGCAUCCCCUUCAUGCAGACGAUGGGCUUGGGCGCAGAAGCGAAGCAUCCUGCGCCUGUUACCAAACCCUUGAAGGGUAAGAAGGGCGGGAAGGGCAAGCAACGGUGCGAAGGCCUUCCUUUCGAGGAGGAGGAGGAGGUCGGUACCAUCAGCUCAACCAUCAGUGCCUCGAAACCGCCGGAAUCGCGCCGUGAGACGAGACCUGCGGGCUCAGAGCGUCUGCGUGCAGAGGUAAACGCCCGUGCUUUCGCUCUGCCCGAAGGCCGACGCGGCGUCCUCACCUACUCCGCCAUCUUCCAUCCGCACUUCCAGGACGUGGCCAAAAGAAUGACUUUCCAAAUUAAACAACCUAAGGAUGGAGAGAGCACCGAUGGGCCGCUGGAACGCGACGCGACGCGUGGACCGGUCCCCAUUUCGCCUCGCAACAACGACCGGAGCAGCAUUCGCGAGAUGUUUGAAGCUUAUGGGAACGAGAUGGUUCACGGAGAAGUCCAUGUGGCAUCCGACUGGACUUCAGACGCAUGCCCCAAGGGCACCAGGGGUCUCUGUGUCGGGAAAGGGCGAACAAACGGCGAAGCGAGCGAAGAAUUCUGGGCGAGCUUUACACGAAGCUACGCACUGGACGUUCAGAGGAAGGGUCAAAAGUCAAAGGAAGCUGCCCUCCAUCAAGCUCAGAAGCGACUGCAAAAUUGGGUCGAGUACGGAACUCCGUUUUCGAAACGGCGCCGCGAUGACGACGAGGGCGACGUCGAAGACGGGCCCGACGUCGAAGCGCGAGCGUUGAAACGACGCCGCGAACAUCACGAGCGCAGUCAAGGCGGCUCGGAAUCCCAUGUCGAGACGGACGGAGAGGAGAAGAUGGAGUGCGAUGACUAG